AUGGAUGUACCAACCGACGAUUGGCAUUCGGCUAGCAGAGAGCCAAGUUUGUCCAUUCUGAAUCCUGCACCAAAACGGUUGGCGGGACCUUCGCUGUUACACAAUCUGAUAUCUGCGGUAGCACGCCACGAUGAUGCCUCUGCAAUACAUCAUUACACGGGUGCACAAGGGGCUACUCAAUUGUCAUACGACAGUCUUCACCAAAAGUCAAACCUGCUUGCAGCUCGCAUAACUGCUGCAGCGGCCGGCGAUACACUAGCAACCAAGCAGCUCAUUGUUCCCGUCUUGCUACCGCAGAGCCCGGAGCUCUACAUUGCCUUGUUGGCUAUCCUGAAAGCCGGCGGAGCGUUCUGCCCUCUUAACCUGGACGCCCCAACAGAAAGAGUUCGAUUCAUCUUGGAGGAUGUAUCUGCUCGGGUUGUCAUAACAUCGCAGGCCCUUGCAAACAUCUUUUCAGAGGAGCAUAAUGAUGUCAAAGUCAUUGGGCUCGGUCCAGCUUGGGCCGACUCCUCUUUAGACAAUGGGUGUGACCACAGCGAUUCCUUAAUACAUAGAGCCGCUGUCCCCUCAGACCUGGCCUACGUUAUGUACACAUCCGGGUCCACUGGAACGCCCAAAGGUGUCGGCGUCUCGCACGCCGCCGCCACUCAGAGCCUUCUUGCCCAUGACGAACACAUUCCGCCUUUUCGCCGCUUUCUUCAAUUCGCAGCCCCAACCUUUGACGUGUCCGUCUUUGAGAUUUUCUUCCCGCUAUUCCGUGGAGUCACACUAGUCAGCUGCGACAGACGCCUUAUGCUCGACGAUCUACCUGCCGUCUUGCGCCAGAUGAAUGUAGAUGCAUGCGAGCUCACACCGACGGUUGCAGGGAGUUUGCUGAGAAAGAGGGAGAACGCGCCUGGUCUCAAACUUCUUCUCACAAUUGGUGAGAUGUUGACCGGCCCCGUGGUGCAGGAGUUUGGGGGGAGCGGAGAGGGACAACAGGAUAGCAUUCUUUGGGCCAUGUAUGGACCAACAGAGGCGAGCAUACACUGCACUCUUCAACCAGCAGUCAAGUCUGAUAUGUCCGUGAACUGCAUCGGCUUUCCGCUUUCGGCGGUUUCAGCCUUUAUUGUUGCCAUACCAUCAGAAGAUAGCGGGACCAACCAGCUUCCUAAUGGUACCGCCAAAGACCCGACUAUUCUUCCAGUGGGUGAGAUUGGCGAGCUAGUUGUAGGCGGGUAUCAGCUGGCUGAAGGCUACCUCAACCGCCCCGAGCAGACUGCGUCUGCCUUCAUCGACUCGAAAACAUAUGGGAGACUCUACCGUACUGGCGACAAAGCCCGCCUUCGCGCCGAUGGACUUCUUGAAUGCCUCGGUCGCAUCUCGGAUGGCCAGGUCAAGUUGCGCGGUCAGCGAAUGGAGCUUGGCGAAGUCGAGGCUGCCAUCCUCCGCGUUGAAGGCUGUCAUGGCGCAGUUGCGGCCGUCGUCAAUGGCAGCAUUCUCGUCGCAUUCUGCCAUGUUGAUCUGGUUGAUGGGGAAGACCGUACUUCCAUCGAAUCAGAAAUCAUCAAAGCAUGCGAGACUUGGCUUCCCAAGUUCAUGGUCCCCAACGAAGUCUUGGUGCUGGAAAAAUUUCUCCGGCUUCCCUCGGGCAAGGUAGACCGCAAGGGCAUGGUGGCCGCUUACGAACGACAAAGGAAGCAAGCACAAGCUGUUGCGACUACCCCUCAGUACCAAAGCCCUACCGAGCAAAGGCUUUGCCAACUAGCUGAAGAAAGUCUUGGAGUUGCUGUCGAGCCUUCCCUUGGUCUGGCUUCGGCUGGUUUGGACUCCCUGGUUGCUAUAAAGCUCGCAUCAAAGAUCAGAGAGGCAGGUUUCCACGUCGACACUCUUGAUGUACUGCAGUCAAGAUCAAUCAGGCACUUGUCGCAACUCGUCGUGGAGCUCCCAGGCAACAGGCAAGAAAUAGCAGCUUCUGAAAGUUGGUCCACCGAGAGCCAGAUCGACAUAUCUCGCCCAAUACCAGAAAUCCCCUGGCUCGUCCAGCACGAAGCUAACCAAAUUCAACAAGUCAUUUGCUGCACGCCUAUACAGGAGUCCAUGCUUGCAGAGACAGCACGGAAUCCUGAUUCCUACUGCAACUGGGUCGAAUUGGACAUCUCUGGACAGCGCAGCACCCAAGAUCUCGUGAAAGCUGUUCAAAGGCUGGCGCAAGCCAAUGAGAUACUCCGAACGGGAUUUGCCCAAUCCGCAAAGGGCCGGUUCUUGCAGAUUAUAUGGCAAAAUCUUGAGUGUUCCAAUGAAGGCGCGGAUGAGGCGACACUUACAAUACCCUCUGGAGAAGAUUUGCCAUCCUCCGUUGUUUACACAAUACGGCAGCAAGACAGUUCCCUCCGGCUUACCAUCAAAUUACAUCAUGCUUUAUAUGAUGGGUGGUCUAUGGAUAUAUUUAUCCGCGAUCUCAACCUUGCUCUUCAAGGGAACGAGCUGCAACCCCCUCGUCAAUUCAGCUCCGUUGUCAAAUACUACAACUCGCCCGCUUACAACAUCGCCAAAGAUAAUGCCAGGCAAUUUUGGGCAGGGCACCUCUUGGGAUAUCAGCCGACUGCAUUCCCUGUUCUCGUUACAUCUCGACGUUCUGGGCUAUCCAGGACGAAAUCAGACACUUUCACGAUAGAUGUCGACCCCGAUCGGCUCAAGAAUCUGGCUAGAGACCUUGAAAUAGGCAGUCAGAUCAUGUUUGAAGCCUGCAUAAUCUGGGUUUGGAGCCUCAUCAUCGGUAGCAGCGAUGUAGUGAUAGGAACAGUGACCUCGGGCCGCACUCUGCCAGUUUCCGGGGUCGAAGACAUCAUGGGCCCCUGUUUGGCUUCAGUCCCGACAAGGACGAAACUGUCUGAUGUUCGCACGGUCAAAGAGCUCUUGGGAUAUCUCCAAGCCACCAACCGCGCAAUGCUCCCUCACUCAGUCUUGCCGCUUGCCGAAAUCAGAAAGGCUGCGGGCUUGUUGCCGUCUCAAUCUCUGUACGAUUUACUCUUUGUUUACCAAGAGUCACUUGUCAGCACGUCGCACGAUAGUGCGACUUCAUGCGUCAGGCAGGUCGCACAUCAAGAUUAUUUAGAGACAAAGCUACUCUUUGAGGUUGAGCCUCGGUCUUCUGACUUUUUGCUCCGGGUCACCUAUCACACGAAUGCAGUUCAGGAUGAAUACAUAUCUGUUUUUGCGGAACAAGUUCGGUGCUUGGUCCACUUCGUGGUCGAGAACUCGGACGCAUCGUUGACAUGCUUUCGCGAUGCUGUACCUCCUGGAAUGACCUCAAGGCACAACAUCAGCCCGUCAUCAUACCAAGGAUGUGCUGACCUAGCUCGCAUGGUUGAGGAGACGGCAAUCAAGUCGCCCGAAAUGCCUGCGGUAUGCUUUGCCGACGUUGUUUCGGCCGCUGGUGAUACUCAGGCCCAUACAGCGACCUAUCAAGAGCUAAACAGCCAAGCAAACAGGAUUGCACAUCUUCUUCGUGGCUCAAAUGUUAUGCCCGGAAUGACGGUGGCAAUAAUCAUGGAGAAGUCUAUCUCGCUAUAUGCAGGCAUACUGGCCAUACUCAAGGCGGGGUGUGCAUACCUGCCACUUCUCCCGUCUACCCCUUUGCAACGCAUUGAAACCAUUUUGGGUCACUCAGAAGCAGCUGCCUGUCUCUGUGAUGCAUCUUCGAUCCACAGCUUGAGAGGCAUACACACGACAUGUCAAUUAUUCGACAUAUCCAAGGAAGAAGACCUGGUGCAAUUCCAGAGCUCAAACCUCGAUGUCACCCCUGACGCCUCUCGUGUGGCGAAUAUAAUUUACACUUCGGGAAGUACGGGCGUACCAAAGGGUGUCUGCGUAACCCAGCUCAACAUCAUGAGCAACCUUGAUGUUCUGUCGAGGUUAUACCCCCUGAGCGAGGGGAAUGACAAGCCCGGAAGACUAUUACAGUCUUGCUCCCAGGCGUUCGACGUCUCGGUGUUUGAGAUCUUUUAUGCAUGGAAGAUGGGGAUGUGCUUGUGCUCUGCGGUAAACGACACGCUCUUUGCCGACCUUGAGAAUGCGAUCCGGGAGCUCCGAGUCACACAUCUCAGCAUGACACCCACGGUUGCGGCUCUUGUCGACCCCAAAAAUAUCCCCGGAGUGGAGUUUUUGGUCACUUCAGGUGAGCCCAUGACGGAAGCUGUGGCUUGCAAGUGGGCUGGCAUUCUCUACCAAGGCUAUGGCCCAUCCGAGACAACAAACAUCUGCACUGUCAAGAAGAUGAAAGCUGGCGACAUUAUUCAGCAUCUCGGAUUUGCCUUUGAGAACACAUCAUCAUUCGUCGUGCGUAACGACAAUCGCAAGGGAAUUGACCUGGUCCCCCUCGGCUCUGUCGGCGAGCUGUGCUUUGGCGGCGAUCAAGUUGUACAAGGCUAUCUGGGGAUGCCGGAGUUGACCAGGGAGAAGUUUGUCGACCACCCCGAUUAUGGGCGGCUAUACAGGUCCGGAGACCUGGGUCGUAUGCUGCCCGAUGGCUCCCUGUUGAUCAGUGGGCGUGUUGACGACCAGAUCAAGCUCCGUGGGCAAAGAAUUGAACUCAAAGAAAUCGAUUCUGUGGCGCGAGAGUCUGAAGCCGUCGAUGCUGCCGUCACAAUUGUCAUUUCGCGCGGUACAGAAAAGACCGAUCAGCUGGCCAUGUUUUACGUACCUUCAUCGAGUCGGGAGGCAGCAAAACACUCGGUCUCAUACCACGUCCUUGACGAUGCCGAGACCACACAGCCUCCCGCCGAUAAUCGAGCACUUUUCCAUCUUUUGAGCUCUCGGUUACCCACAUACAUGGUUCCAAACUACCUAAUCCCCAUCUCUGUGAUACCGACAACCCCUUCUGGCAAAGUUGACAAGGCAAAACUGCGUGACACCCUUGCACGGCUGGACCAGGACAGCCUAGGCCGACUAAGUGCUGUUGGUGAUACAACAGAGGGAGCAGAGGAGCAGUGGUCGGAGCUUGAAACAGCCAUCUCCCGAAUCCUUGCCACUAUUCUUCAAAUCGAGCAGACAGCGGUUCGCCGUUGGACACCGUUUCCAAGCCUGGGCCUGGACUCCAUCUCGGCGAUAUCAGUGGCCAAACAGUUGCGAGAACUCGUGGGUGUCCCGGUGCCCGUCUCGCAGGUCCUCAAAAGCUCAUGUGUCGCCCGGCUUGGGCAGAUCCUGGAAGCCUCCCCCGCACAGUCAGCUUCGACCAGGACUGAAAGCGAGACCCAUUUCUUUGACAAAGAAGUACUUUCAGAGAUUGAGCAAAACUUCAAGGCUCAUCAAGCCAGCGCUGCUGGUCAACAUACCGAAAUAGAUGCCAUCCUCCCAUGUACAUCUCUCCAAGAGGGUAUGCUUGCAGCCUCACAGACCACAGCUGCCAAUGUGGGGGCGUCUUAUGUGAACCAAAUGGUAUUCAAGCUAGCUGCAGACCCAGAGACGAUGCGGUCUGCUUGGGAAACCAUGGUAGAGAGGCAUUCUAUCCUGCGGACCUGCUUCCUUACCACGAGCUCCUCGAGAUAUGCAAUGGCGCAAGUUGCCCUCAAAAGCUGGAAGCCUCAGUGGUACGUGUUCAACGAUGGGGAAAGCCUCCAAGAUUGUCUCAAAGCUAUGGCAGGUGGUCUUGUGCCGCCCCUUGACUCCUUUGAACCACCAGUGUCGCUUGGCCUAGGUCGUCAUGACGGGACCAACACUUUGAUCUUCACCUGUCACCACGCACUUUAUGAUGGAACCGCCAUGACGACGCUCCUUUCUGAGGUUGAACAUUUCAUCCAAGCUGGAUCUUUGUCACCGCCACCAGCUUCUUAUGAGCCCUUCUUGCGGGAAAUUCUAUCUCUUCCGGACUCAACAGACGACUUUUGGAAACAUCAGUUCUCAAACUUCACUCCCAAGGCAUUGCCCGCCAGCGUCAAGAGCAUAGAGCGUCCCGGGGCUGCAUCACACGUGAUGGAAGUCUCGUUGGAAACGGCAAACAAUAGAGUCAAGGAGCUCGGGUUUUCACUUUUAGCCCUUUGUCAAGCAUCAUGGGCAACGGCUCUCAGCAUCAUUUUGCACGACCCAGAUGUUUGCUUUGGAAACGUCAUCAGCGGCAGAUCCGUACCAAUCGACGGCGUAGAAAACCUCGUCGCUCCGUGCUUCAACACGAUCCCCGUCAGGGCAGAACUUUCUGGCCUGAAGCGGAAUACCGACCUAAUAAAGCUUCUUCAGGAUUCUGGCGUUGAGGCCCUGCAAUACCAAUUCACUCCUCUACGCCGGAUCCAGUCACUCAAUUCUUCUUCCUCCAUCGGUGCGGCUCGCUUGUUUGAUAGCAUAAUGCUUCUGCAACAACCUUCCCGGCCACUAAACAGGGAGAUCUGGUCGCUCGAGCACGACGAGGGUAGCAUGGACGUGCCUUUGGUGUGCGAAGCCAUUCCUGAGCCGCAGGAGAACAGACUUGUUUUGAAGAUGCACUAUGACGGUGUCGCCGCAUCGUCGCCGAUGGCCUCUUUUCUUGCGCAGUUGUUCUCGCAUAUAUUCAGCGAGGCUCUGUCCUAUCCUUCAGCAGCUCCUCUGACGCAGAAAACACUCCCCAAUGACUUGAAACAACAACUCGAGGCUUUGGAGUUGGAACGUUCGACUCCAAUCUCUGCUUCCAACAACAGCGAUUUCAGUCAGUCGCCCAUGGCAGCCAAUAAUGCAGAGAUUUCCAAGACGGAAUCGUCCAUUCGCUCCGUACUCGCGAAAUUUGCGACAGUGCCCGAUUCGGCAAUUCGGCCAAACACAACCAUCUUCCAGCUUGGACUAGACAGCAUCAGCGCUGUCCAGAUUGCCUCGGCUUUACGGCAAGAGAAUUUCCACGUCUCGUCGAUAGACGUGAUGGAGCAUCCCACAUACUCGGCGCUGGCUCGAUUCCUCAACGAGAACAAGACCGGAGGAGAUUCUCGUAGCACGCAGGCUUCGUAUGAUCUCGAAGGCUUCCAGACUGAGUGUUUUGCAAAAUACAUCACAAACAACAUCCAGAACUGCGAUGCGGUCGAGGCAGUUCUCCCAUGUACGCUUUUGCAGCAAGCUAUGCUGAGCGAGUUCAUCAACUCUGACGGCAGCAACUAUCUCAACUUUCUGCAUCUCCGUCUUGCCAACAAAACUGUGUCUGCAGAAGAUGUGUUGAAAGCAUGGAAGAAUUGCUCGGGCAGUUUCGAGAUGCUGAGGACAGGCUUCAUUCCAGUAGAGCACAAGGAUGCUUCAUUUGCUAUGAUCAGAUACCGCGAAUGGGCUGGCAAAGUGACUAGCAUCCCCAAAGAAGCUGUUGCAGAGUUCAUCGUCGAAAGAUGGCGCUCAGAGGUGAAAAGCACGGUCUACAACAACCUAGACCAGCCGCCAUGGGGAGCAGUGGUUCUGGAGGGAGAGGCUGGCGUAGACGUCCACCUUGCCCUUCACCACGUCCUCUACGACGCGCAAUCUCUCAAGACUAUCCUGGACUCGGUGGCUUUAGCCGCUGCCGAGAAAGAGCCAACGGCUCGGGGUGGAAGCGUCGAUGUUGCAGUCCAGGAAAUCAUUUCCCAGUCUAGAGUCGGCCGGGAUGAUGCACAAAGUUACUGGCGCAGCUUGGCCUCCGAGACGGUGAUCAAUCGAUUUCCAGUCAUGACGCCCCUGCGCGUGGAGGAACGAUCCAUCUGCGUCGAGUCGCAGUUGAGCAACACAAAACUCUCUCUUUUGGAACGCUCACUCAGGAAAGAAGGCAUCACCAUGCAGGCUGCGAUAUUAGCAGCCUGGAGCAGGAUUCUCGGCUCCUAUCUGGGAGAGUCUUGCGUGGCUUUUGGAACUGUUCUUUCUGGUCGUAAUUCUGGCGCUACCAGAUCGGCUCCUUUUCCAUGCAUCACUACCCUGCCAGUUAUUGCAGAAAACAAGAGCACCAACAGAAGUCUGCUUGAGCACAUGAUGGACCGAACCAAGAACCUUCAUCGUCAUCAGCACACGCCAAUGACGCAGAUUCAGAACUGGCUGGGACUGCCGGAUACAAGACUGUUUGAUACACUUGUGGUCUAUCAAAAGCUACAAGACGAUGCAGGACAAGAAAUAUCAAACACCUGGGAGGUCGUUGAGGACAAGGCUACGGUCGAUUAUCCGCUCUCGUUGGAGGUUGAACCCCGAGGUCAGCACCUGCACUACCAGUUGACAUUUUUCAACGAUGUCUUACCCCAGCAGCAAUGUUCGUUGCUUGUCAGGCAGUUUGACGCCGUCCUGACACAUCUGGCCCUUGACCCCGAGGGCUGCGAGGAUGAUUUGUGGACCCAAAGCCCGUCAUUGUUUUCCAUUACGCCAGCCGCCGAGCCGGAGCUGCCCUCAAAGGUCAGAUUCCUCCAUCAGUUCGUGGAGGAAGCGGCCCAACGGUACUCCCAAAAGAUAGCACUGGAAUUUGUGUCGGCGCUUGACGGCUGCGAUGCUGUGUCGCGGACAUGGAGCUUUGCAGAACUGGAUCAGAACGGUAACCGUGUCGCGCACAUUCUUGCUCCGUAUACCAAAGUCGGUGAUAUUGUUGCUAUACUGUUUGACAAGUGCCCCGAGGCAUACUUUGCGAUACUGGGGAUACUCAAAUCCGGCUGUUCCUUUGUCGCACUGGAUCCUGCGGCUCCUGCGGCGAGGAGACAGUUCAUCAUUGAGGACUCUGGAGCCUCAGCUCUCGUGACGGAUGUGAACCGGGCUUCAAAUCUUGACAUGGACGUCUCGGUUCCUGUCGUAGGGCUGGAUGAUGAGUUCAUUCUUUCGGCGCCAUCAACUCCUUUGGCAGACCGCCAAGCCGAGCUGAGUCCUGAAGACAGGAGCUACUGUCUCUACACAUCUGGCACCACCGGAACACCAAAGGGAUGCGAGAUUACGCAUGAGAAUGCCGUCCAGGCUAUGCUCUCUUUCCAAGACUUGUUCUCUGGCCACUGGGACGAAGACUCCAAGUGGCUGCAGUUUGCGGCCUUCCAUUUUGACGUCUCUGUUCUGGAACAGUAUUGGAGCUGGAGUGUGGGCAUCGCGCUCGUGGCUGCACCCAAGGAUCUGAUCCUGGAGGAUCUGAUCGCCACCAUCUCGACUCUGCAAAUCACGCACAUAGAUCUGACGCCGAGUCUGGCUCGCCUGGUCCACCCCGACGAUGUUCCAUCGCUUUGCAAGGGUGUCUUUAUCACGGGCGGCGAGCAGCUGAAGCAAGAGAUCCUCGACGCCUGGGGCGACCAGGGCGUUAUUUACAACGCAUAUGGCCCUACCGAGGCAACCAUAGGCGUCACCAUGUACCAACGCGUGCCCCGCGCUGGCAGAUCGUCCAAUAUCGGCAAGCAGUUCCCCAAUGUGGGAUCCUACGUCUUCAAGCCUGGCACCGAGAUUCCCACACUGAGAGGAGGCGUUGGUGAGCUUUGCGUGUCGGGGAAGCUAGUUGGGAAAGGGUAUCUGAACCGCAAAGACCUCACAACGGAGAGGUUCCCGACGCUUGGAAAUUUCGGCGAGAGGGUCUACAGGACGGGCGACCUCGUCAGGAUCCUCCACGAUGGCUGCUUCGACUUUCUCGGGCGUGCGGACGACCAGGUGAAGCUUCGUGGACAACGUCUUGAGAUUGGCGAGAUCAACCAUGCGAUCAAGAGCGGCAUAUCACAGGUCCAGGACGUGGCCACGCUGGUUAUCCGCGACGAGGGCAAGCAGAAGGACUUUUUGGUGUCUUUUGUCGUGGUGGAUGACGAGAUGGAAAGCCCCGGAGGGCAGGAUCAAACUCUGCAGGCCAUCUUUUCGCCCGACGCUGCGGGUCUAGCCCGUGACGUGCAGGACGCCUGCCGAGCAAAGCUCCCCGGGUACAUGGUGCCCACCUACAUCCUGAAGCUUCCCUUCAUGCCGCUCUCGUCCAACAACAAGGCAGAGGUGAAGCUCCUGAGGGCUCUGUUUUCUCGCUUGACCCAGGACCAGCUCGUGGCGGCGUCUUCAGCCGGUGCCCGUGCCGCCGCCGAUUUGAACGGUGACAUUGCGCGGAUUCUAAUCGGCACGCUUCGGAACAUGCAGGUGCUCGCUCCGGGGCAGCAGGAGCCCACAGCCGACAUCAGCAUCUUUGAAAUCGGCAUCGAUUCCAUCUCGGUCCUGCGCUUGUCCAGGGCCCUGAAGCGCGGCGGCCUAGCCCAGGCCUCUCCCGCCCUGAUCUUGAAGAACCCGGUCCUGGGCGACCUUGCCCGGGCUCUCCAGUCAGAGGUGACUGCCAACGACGCCGGUGCUGUGCUCGAGGCCAGACAGCUCGUCGAGGCCUGUCAGCACCUCCAUCGGUCGCGCGCCUGCCGGGCCCUGGGCGUUUCCUCGGAGCAGAUCGAGUACAUCGCACCCUGCUCGGCGCUGCAGCACGGCAUGGCCAUGCGGUGCAAGGCAGAAGAGCACAGAAGCACGUACUUUAACGUUUUUACUUUUGAGCUCCGGCCGGACGUCGACAUUGCACGCCUCAAGUCGUCGUGGCAGAUUAUCGUCGACUCGUUUGCCAUUCUGAGGAGCAAGUUCCUCGUCUCUUCUGAAGGCUUUGUUCAAGUGGCUUUGAAAGAGAUGCAGCUCCCCUGGGCUGAGCUUGAAACAACCGCCGACGAACUGGAGAGUCGGUUUCUUGGGGUUUAUGAGCAGUGGGUUGAGCGAAACUCGCAAGAAAUCACGUCGCCGCUCGAGUUACUUGUCGUCAAGACCGAGCGGAGGAAUCUUCUCAGGCUGCAUAUAUUCCAUGGGCUCUACGACGCCAACAGUCUCGGCAUGAUGAUCGCCAAAGUCGCGGCCCUUUAUCUCGGCACAGAGGAGAUCGAGUCUCGCACCACCUUUAUCGAUGCCCUCAUACACGGUCCUUUGCGGAACUUCAACCACACCAAGAGCUUCUGGGAACAUCACCUGAGCGGCGUCUCGCUGCAGAGUCUUCCUCGACUCUCCGAGCGACCUAAUUGUCAUGACAUGGCGCUUGCUCGAACUCUCAGCUUUGCUUCUCUGGAGCCCGUCCGCCAAAAGCUCAACGUCACGCAUUCUGCAGUCAUCCAGGCCCUCUGGCUCUCGGUACUGCAACCUCGGUACGCUGAACCGGCGACCCUGGGCGUCAUCGUGUUCGGCCGUGCCAUCGACGUCGAGAACGCCGAGCAUGUGGUCGGUCCCUUGUUCAACACUCUGCCCUUCCACUCGGGCAAUUCUAUCAGCCGGGGCGAGACAUGGGCGUCGCUCGUGCGGACCUGCCACUUGUUCAACACGGCCACGCUCCCCUUCCAGCACGUUCCGCUCCGGGAUAUCCAGAAGUGGUGCUCGGGGGGCAGGCCGCUUUUCGAUACUCUUUUCUCCUGCCAGAGAGAGCCCUUGUCUUCCGUCGCUGCGGCCGAGCAGCUCUGGACCGAGGUGUCAGCAUCCCCGGCCCUGAUCAGCUCGGACUACCCUCUUGCGUUCGAAGCCACCCUUGCCCGAGAUGACCGUCUCGAGCUCCUCUUGGUGGCACAAAAGGGCUUUGCCGAUGAGCAUGUCCUGUCGGUCAUGCUAGACGAAUUCGAACAAUCCAUGGCCACGAUGGCCGGGAACAUGGAUGCUGUGGUUGGUUCGCUUGACGGUGGUCUUGCUCCUGAAAGACCCAGGCCUGAGAUCGGGGAUGGACAGGCCGCUUUCAGCCAGGUUGAGCUCGGAAAGCCGAGCUUUGAGUGGUCCGACGACGCGUCCCUGAUCAGAAAUGAGAUUGCGGCACUGGCAGGCGUCUCGCCCGAAGACGUAAACGAAUCAACCAGCCUGCUGGAGCUGGGCCUCGAUAGCAUAGACACCAUCAAGCUCUCGGCGCGGCUCAAGAAGAAUGGAAUCGCUCUUAGCAACAGCCAACUCGUCAAGGGUCAAACGAUUGCGCGGUUCAUGGAGAGUCUCGACCAGGUCGACAAGGCAAGCAAGGCAAACACGAGCAGCGGCACCGGCGACGACGCAGCUUCCAAAGUUUCAAGCAUAGCAGAACAGCUGAGGAAGCACGUCGCCGCAUCCCACAUCCAGAAUUUGCACUUGGAUCAAGUCCAGGCCGUGCUACCGCCAACCCCGCUGCAGGAUGCCAUGGCUGCUGACAUGUUCCAAUCAGGCAUGCGGCGCUACUUCAAUCAUGACAUCCUGGAGCUCCCUUCAGACGUGGACAUGGAAAGACUCGCAUCGGCAUGGCAAUCCGUUGUCGAUCAUUCUCCCAUACUUCGCACCACGUUCAUCGAGGUGCAGAGUCCCCAGUUCGACUUUGCAUACUGCCAGGUUGUGCUCAGGAAAAUGCGGCUGAGCUGGACCCAGCGCGAGGUGACUUGCCAGGGGCAGUUUCAAGACGUUAUCGAAAGCAUCCGCCGCCACACCGAAGAGACUGGAGGUGCAGAUGGCCUGUUCAAAGUGACACUCGUCUGCCUUGGACCGCAGAAAUUUAUCAUCCUGUCUAUCGCCCACGCUCUUUACGAUGGCUGGUCACUUGGGCUACUUUUGCAGGAUGUUCAGGACGCAUACAACGGUCACUACUCGCCGCCGCGGCCCGACUAUAUCGACUAUCUUGGACACAUUCUCGAAUCCGCCACGGAAGAGUCCAAGGAUUUUUGGAUCGACACCCUCACCGGGGCCUGUGCGACAAACAUUCAGCCUCGAAAGCUGCAGCUGGGAAGCAGAAGGGCCAGCAGCGACAGUCCCAAGCCGAGGGAAACGCGUGUCCACCGCGCCGAGUUGAAAUCCGCCAAGCCCGCGGCGGAGCUCUCGGCCUUCUGCAGACGCCGCGCCGUCAGCCCACAGGUUGUCGGGCAGGUAUGCUGGGCCGCGGUCUUGAGCCGGCGAGUCCAGUCGCUCGAUGUAACAUUCGGCUGUGUCCUGUCCGGCCGCGAGACGGAGUCCGCCGAGAGCUUGAUGUUCCCCACCAUGAACACGGUGGCCGUGCGCGCCGUCCUGCACGGCACCAUCGGGUCGCUUCUCCGAUACUUCCAGGAGACCAUGGCCGGGGUGCUUCAGUAUCAGCAUUUCCCGCUACGCAAGGCACAGCGUCUGGGCGGGGGUCGAAACCCAGACGGUCUGUUCAACACACUCUUUGUCAUGCAAAAGCAGCGGCGGCGCGACUCUGCUACCGAGCCUGCCGGCCCGCUCAUGACCUCGGUCGACGGCACUUCGGCAGUUGAGUACCCAGUCUGCAUCGAGAUGGAGAUUGUGUACGACGCGGUCGUCUGGCGGACAGCCUGCAGCGAUGACUUUCUCGGGAAACAAGAUACGGAGCAGUUGUUGCGCGAGCUGGAUCAGGUGCUAGCUUUCCUCACCGAGUCCUCGCCCGAUCUUUCAGUCUUCCGGUCGACAACAUCACGCCCCGGGGUCACCGGCAGUGAUAUCCUGGUGUGCGGCCUCGAUCCCUUCAGGCUCAAGGCUCAAAACACGCCGUCUUCCAUCACCGCCAUGUCUUCACAGACCGACGCCUCGACCCUUAUCGAUGCGGAUUCAGACGAGGACGAGUGGACGGACGUCGAACAAAAGCUCAGGACGACACUGGCCGAGGUGAGUGGUCUGCCGCAGGGUGCUGUCAAAAGGUCGUACAAUCUCUACAACAUCGGCCUCGACUCCAUCAGCGCCAUCAAGGUCUCCUCCCUGCUGCGAAAGGCAGGAAUCCAGAUACGCGUCAAGGAUCUGCUCCGAGCUGAAAGCCUGGUUGAGAUGGCCAAGAUGACUAGCAGCUUGGAGCAGGCCGCUCCCGAGUUGCCCAAUAAGGCCGUAACCACAUCUGCCCGCGCAGAGCUCGGUGUCUACUACGAAUCAUUGACUCUUGAGGCCGGUUUAGCCAAGGAAAACGUACAGCAGAUCAUUCCUGCUACUGCUAUGCAGGUUCACAUGAUCUCCCUAUGGCAAAAGACGGACGGAGCUGUCUUCUUCCCCGAGUUCCAAUACCGGCUACCUGCCAAAUAUAACGACUUGGCACUCGGGGUACUUCAACAGCAGUGGAGUGCCAUGGUCUGCAACUUGGCCAUCCUCAGGACCGUCUUCCUCGCCACAAAUGACAGGGAUUGUCCGUUUGUUCAAGUGGUCUUGCUUCCAAACACCUCCUACCAACAGCAGACAUCAUCCUUCGACAACAACUCGGGCCAGAUCCAAAGCGGCGUACUCUCGCUCCCAAUGGCGUACUUUGCCGCUAAAAGGGAAUCAGAGGGCAGUGCAGCCAGUCCCUGGAUAGUCACUAUGAAGCUCCACCACUCUCUCUACGACGCCUUCAGCCUGCAAAACAUAGUCCAUCGCUUUGGAGACUUGCUCGCGGGACAGAACUCGAACACUCUCUCGUCCGCCCUUGAUUAUGCCGACAACUGGAGGGCCAGAAUUACGUUAGAGGCCUCCCAAGAGCUCAGGAACAGCCGCAAAAGGUUCUGGGUUGACUAUCUCCAGGGGGCAACCCCGACACCCUUUGCCGGUAUUCCCGCCGGUCUCGCACGCCAGACCGUCGUUGAUGCGAAAGCACGAGUCUCAAAAUUCUUGCCUGGCGCAGUCUCGACUAUUUCAGAUAUCCAGUCGGCCUGUGCACACCGAGGCGUGAGCUUCCAAGCACUCUUCAUAGCAGCCACCGCCGGUAUAAUAUCCGCACCGGUCUCCGCGGACGUUGCUCCGACCGGCGACGUCGUUCUGGGCAUCUACCUCGGCAACAGAGACGACCAAGACAGCCGUCAACUCCCGUACCAUCCCACGCUGAGCCUAGUGCCGCUGCGAGUCCGCCGCGUGUCCGGCGCCACCCUGUUCGACGUGGCCGCCGAGGUGCAGCGGGACCUGCACAACAUAUCCGACGCGGGCAACGCCGCCGUCGGCCUCUGGGAGAUCCAAGACUGGACCGGGGUGCAGGUCGACUGCUUUGUCAACUUUCUCGGCUCGACUGUGCUUGACGACCAGCGCGACGAUCGAUCAGAGGUCCCAGAGCCGGUGCCAGGAGAUGGUAGCGCCCUCGCGGCUGUCGCGAGGUCUGAUGUGCACCCUCGAAACUACCACUGGCUAGGGGAAAAUACAGUCAUGGACGCAUUCAAGGAUGCCGUCGAUAUUGAGGCUGCUUUUGACGACAAGGACGGCCUGGACAUUGGUGUCUUUGGGCCUGGAGGCAUUCUGAGAAAUGAACAAGGGGCCGCGCACGUCAUCUCGCGCCUUGUAGAAAUUAUGAAUGCCCUGGGCAGGAAUGACUGA